UUGUAUCUCCGUGCUAGUAUGCUAGUAACACAACUUUAUAGUUUUCUACUAUGAAUUGCAUUUGAAGAAAUAUUAUUUCCGAAGUACUUGCCACGCGAAUUCGUUAGAUAUUAUUUUAAAGAGGAAAUGAUAUAAGAUACUGAUGGAAAAUAUUAUGUGUACGAUGUUACUGCCACCAUCGUUUACUUUUUCAAAUGUCGUUAUCGUAAAAUGUUUUUACUUGACUGCUGCGUUUCUGAAAUCGAUCGGCAAUUAGAUUCUGUUGGUAUCAAAAUUGUACGUUUUUAAUUUAAUAUUAAGUAAAAAAUAAAUCACUUAAAAAUUUCAAGUUCAAACCAUAAACCUGAAACUAAUGAAUCUCACAUUUCUAUAACGAUUUUAAUGACAUAAACUUACUGGCGUGGUAAUUUCAAAAUGUUCAUCAAAAAACCGACGGCGGACUUAAAACGGUACGGUUAUAGUUCGGAACCUUACCUGAUAAUAGCGACUGUGCUUUACACGGUAUCGCUGACUGUGUCUAGUACCUUUGCCUUGAAAAAUUCCUGCGAACCGUUAAUUCCUUUUGGGGAAUGUCUAGUUGGUGUUUAUGAAAGUCAAUACUUGGUGCAUUCAAAUACUAACGUCUUACAAUAUUUGAUUUCUUUCGUCGUUGUAUUACUAGCAGGUGCAUGGAGUGACAGUCAUGGAAGAAGACGUAAACCUUUGAUUUUCUUACCAAUUAUCGCACAGAUUUUAACUGAUAGUUUAAACAUUGGGUUUUACUAUUGGAACGUAUACCAAUAUUACUCUUGGGCUUUCGAUAUUAUCAUGAAUUGGAUAAAACCUGCACUUUACGUUGGUCGGAAUAUGUUCUGGGUUGGCGUGAUGUCAUAUGUAUCGGAAAAUACAACCUUUGAAUCAAGAACGUUGAAACAUGGAAUAAUAAUUGCAACUUAUCCUUUGAGUACAUUAGUGGGCGCUGGUAUAGUUGCAUUAAUAAAAAUGGUCGUUGGAUAUCGUUCUUAUGGUUUAUCGUUUUUGGUACCAACGUUGUUAAAUUGUAUUGCGUUAAUGGUUGUCAAUUUGUACAUUAAAGACACAUCUGACUCGUAUAAUAAAGAAAUUAUGUGGCAAAAACCAAAAUAUGUUUUGAAAGAGUACAUCAGUUUAUUGAAGAAUAAAUCAAUGAGUUUAGUUGUUGUAUUAGCUGUAUUGAUCAUAUGUCAAUCAAUAUUAGUAACAAGAAUAGGAUGUGAUUAUGAUUUAUUAAUGAGCUAUAUUAAACAAUCGAAUUAUUGGUAUUAUAACGAGGAAGUUUAUUUUACUGUUUUAAAAAUGAUGGCCCUAUUUUUUGGAAUUGUGUUUUCGGUUUCUGUUUUAAGUUAUUAUAUGAAAAUAAACGAUUUAAAAAUUGGUAUUUUAUCUUGCUGCUUUUUUAUCACAGCUGCUAUAUGUUACAUUUUUGCAAAUACAAUUUUGCAAGUUAUUACAAUUACAAUUAUUUAUUUAUGCCACGGAACAGCGAUUACUAUUAUUAGUUCGUUAGUAUCUAAAUUAGCGGCAAUCGAACAACUAGGUCGUUUAAAUUCCAUUCAAAUGUGUAUGAACUCCUUAUUGACUGUGAGUGUAGUUAAAGCUUAUCAAAUCGCAUUUGGUUCCAUUCAUUACACUAAAUCUGGACAUUUGUGUUUGAUGACUUUCUUGUAUGUCUUUUUAACUCUACCUAUAUUAUCUGUGUUUGUGAUUUUAUAUUCUAAGUACAAAGAUUUCUGGCAAAAUGAUACCACUGCAGUAUAUCAAAAAAAUGUAUACGUCAUAAGUCAAUAAUGUUUUAAUGUUAUUUUAUAUAUUUUAUUUGUAUACUCUAUAUUUGUGUAAAUUUAAUACACAUAAAUACCAUUAAUUUAACUUUUUAAAACAGGGGGAAUAUUAUAUUAUUUUUUUUUCCGUAAAAAGUAAAUAAUAGAUAAUAUCUAUUAUAUUAUAAUAACAUGUAUCCAACAUGCUGUAUUAAUAAAGUUAAUAAACUCUUA